AUGAGAGGAAACAAGAACAAAUCGGCUGCCCACCGUCGACGCCAGAGCCAGACACCCGUCAAGGAUCGGUUGACAGAAGUCGUCGCUGCACGUCGCAAAGCUGGUUCAAAGUCAGUUGACACUGCUCCGGCUAUGCCUCCUUUAGCUACUAUCUUUGACGCCAUUGGCAACUGGUUCAUCGGCAAGAAUUCAGACGACAAUAUCGCCGAUGAAGCGUCGCCGUUCGGUUCCACCGUCGACAGUGGCGCCUCUCCGAGCCAUACUCCGCUGUCGAAGAAGGCCAAGAAGAGGAUCCAAAAAAGACACAAUCAAAGUAUUGAGAUUGAAACGUUCACUCCUAGCAAGGAGAGUACCUCUGUUGGGCUCGAUCACGCUGCUAGUUUACGACAGCAUCCGAGCGCAUCGCACAUUACAUCUUCCCAGUUGAUCAACGGCAGUAUGGACUAUUCCCCGAGAACAGCUUUGUAUGAGCGUAAUGAUGCAAAGAGGCCCUCCGAUACAGCUCUGAAACGCGAUUCGGUGAUCUCCAACAAUUGGGAGGACGUGAAUCUUGGAAGAUCUCCUCGAACCACAAAGAAGCCAGGCCCUAGCAAGCAGAACUGGCGACGACUCAUCAAACGCCCAUCUUGGUGUCCAUGCCGUCUGUAUCUUUGGCUUGGAGAGUUCCUCUCUGCACUUGCUCGAGGCUUUCAAGGUCCUCGUAGGGCAGACUUCUUCCUUUCUCUUGGUCUUUUCCUUGUGUGUAGCUACGUGACCUACGUUGCUUUGGACUUUGUCCUUUUCGGAUUGAUCAAGGGUGUCAAAGCACAGAACGUCGUCGAUGCCGCCAACUGUAGCGUCGUCUAUGUCACCAUACCCGGCCCCAUCAUCACAAUUUCACUCAUCGCCGCUACGCCGUCAGACCCAGCUCGAGGCACAUACUACUACUCAGUCAUCAACGGAACUACUGGGCCCCUCGUCGCUGGUUUUGUCCGGAUCCAGCGUCUUGACACCAUCCAGCAGUUCGAGCCCAGGAUUGUCGGCAUCACUGGAACCUAG